UCACUUUCAAUAUGCAGGGAAACAGAAUGCGUUGACCACUUCCAGUUUGCUUGAUGGAUGGAGAAAAUCGUUUUACAGUUUAUGUAAUUUGACAUUAACUUGCCAGAGCAGUUAAUCUGGAGAAGACUGAGUUGUUGGCUGUUACAAGCCCCCAACAUCAUCAAUACUCUUGAACUGAAACAGGUAUCAGGAAAUUGUCCUUUCACUCAACAGGCAGAAGUAUUCUUCACUGUAGGUCCAGCUUCAAGUUAUUGAGGAGCCAUGAGCUGGGGUUUACUCCGUGAUGUUUUGAGUGGAGUGAAUAAAUACUCCACCGUCGUGGGGAGAAUCUGGUUGAGUGUUAUGUUCAUAUUCCGAGUCCUUAUCUAUGUGGUGGCUGCAGAACGUGUCUGGAAUGAUGAGCAGAAGGAGUUUACCUGCAACUCGAGGCAAGUUGGUUGUGAGAAUGUAUGUUUCGACCACUUCUUCCCAGUGUCACAUGCAAGACUUUGGGCACUGCAACUUAUCUUGGUUUCCACCCCUUCUCUUCUGGUUGUCAUGCAUGUAGGUUACAGGGAACACCGUGAGAAGAAGUACAAAAAAAAGCUGUAUAAAGACAAAGGGAACAUAGAUGGGGGCCUGUGGUGGACCUAUUUCUUUAGCCUGGUGUUCAAAACAGGAGUUGAGUUCACCUUCCUGUUUGUGCUGGCAUGGAUGUACGAGGGGUUUAUUAUUCCUCACCUUUUAAAGUGUGAGAUCAAGCCUUGCCCCAAUGUGGUGGAUUGUUUUGUUAGUCGGCCAACAGAAAAGACCAUCUUCCUGUACUGCAUGGUGGUCUCCUCUGCUGUGUGCAUACUGCUAAACAUCUGUGAGAUGACCUACCUCGUCAUAAAACACUGUAGAGACAUCUGUGAAAAGAGAUCUAUCAAGCAGGCGAAGCGUUUGAAAUGUGGAUGUGAUUCUUCAGAAUUGAAUCGAGCUCAACGAAAAGGACUUAGAAACGGCACUCUGAGGUCUUCUGUAAGUAUGUGCACAUUGUAAAAACCAGAAAAACAGCCGUACAAUCUCUGAAAGCUGGUUUUCGAAGAGAGGCUCCAUUGGGCAGUUACCCGCUGUUUAAAGAAAUAAACAAACAUGGAUUAUUACAUUAACACAGACAGAGAAUGCUGGAGAAACUCAACAGGUCUGGCAGCAUCUGUGGAGAGAGAAAGAGAGUUAACGUUUCAAGUCUAAAAAUGCUUCUUCCGAAUUUCAGAGUCAUAUUGGACUUGAAACGUUAACACUGGUUUUUAUCUCUGCACACAUUCUGCCAACCUGCUGAACUUCUCCAGCACUUUCUACUUUUAUUUCAGGUCUCCAGCAUCCACAAUAUAUUGCUUUUAUUUAACUUCUGGAGGUAAUGCCCAUGAUUCUUUACCGACUCAUCGAAGGAUUAAAAACAAAUCGUGAAGAGAUUGUGGGUGUAUAGAAUACGAAAUUUAACAUGAUUUAAUUAUAUUUAAUUCAAAACCAAGCUUUGUACAAUUGAGUGCAGGACACCUACAUAAGGCUAUAUUUUGGUUUCCAAUAUAUUCUGGGAUUGCUUUACCUUUAUAACUUUCUAGUUUUUCUUCAAUAUAUAAUCCCGAAGCCUCCCCCACUCCAAAGUCCCUCCAGUCUUCUGCUUUCUGUUCUUGAUGUUACAUGUUACACUGCAACAUUCCCACUUGCCUUAUGUCCAUGUCCUUUUCUUAGUAGGUUGUUGCUCCUGAUAGCCACAUUUCUGUUCCUAAGUAUCACACUCAGUUGCAGAAGGUCUCACAUUCUAUUUCACAUGAGUCAUACAGUAUUCUCAGGGAUCACAUUCUGCUCCUAAUGGCGACACAUUCUCUGGUCUCAGAUGUUUUACCUUCUUUCCAAUUUGCUCCCCAGGGUGACAUUCUAUGCUCCUGAGUGUCACAAACUCUAUUGUUCACACCCUGUUUCCAAGAGGACAGUUUCUGUUCCCAGGAAUUACAUUCUAUGCUCCUGUUGAUUAUUGUCUGCACCUUGCCAAUUUGUCAGCUUCUCAACUUCAAAUCUCUCUCUUCUCUGUCUGCAGAGUGCUCCCAAAUCCAUUCUCCAAUUUUUCCGAAAAUUCUGCCCUGGACACACUUAACUCCAAAACGCAAUUCCCAAUAAAUUCUCUCCCAGACUUCCAGGUACUUCCAGUCACUCACUACUGCCCUGUUUAACAGAAUGCUUUCCAAUACUCAGUUACCUGAAAGCGAUAAAGAUAGAACUGGUGAUUUUUUUUGAGCACUACAUGACCUUUCAGCUAUGAAAACACUCACAAUAAGUGAACAUGUUUUAAUUAUAGAUUUCUAAUUGUCACUGUGAUGAAGGAGAAACAACCUAGGGCACAACAGCUUUCUUUAUAAAACCGACAUACAAAUAAAUCAUUUUUACAGCUGAAUGCUUAAUAUGCUUCACCUAAAUUCCAUUUUAAUUAGACUUUUAAAUUUGAUUGGUUAAUGCCAUUACAAAACUAGUAUUGACAGAAAUGUGGUGAGGGUUAUUUUUAUUUGACCUUCACUUGUUAAAGGUCAGCCUUAAAAUGUUGGUUAAUGAUCAUCAAGCAUCAUUGUUACUGAUUUAAAUCUAAAGCUUAAUUCACUGAUAAAAUUAGAAGAUCUGACAAACAGUGGAGAUGAGUGUGAUCGAAAUCCAUGUGCGGUACUGAGAGGAGUCUAUUUUCAUUGCGAAGGUAAUGCCAUGAAAGCUUUGCAUUUUGAUGCUCCAAACCUGGUUUGACAGGUCUAACAAGCAAAUUUACAUUGCACAUGCUCAGUUCACAUAUUUACAUUAAUACCAUUUGUGCCUGUGGAUAUCAGUUGUGGCUUAGGAUACUUUGUUUUUUUUCUCAUCAUCAUUUUUGUCUAGUGCAAACUAACAAAUUGCUGGAUCUAUUGAAUUAUUCAAUACUCACUACUCAAACUCAUGCUCUUUGGAUUGAUACAACUGUUAAACUAUUUCUGUUCAUCAUCAUUAUUUCAAAUG